AUGCCUCAGUCCUGGAUCUACUGCCUCAGUCCUGGAUCUACUGCCUCAGUCCUGGAUCUACAGCCUCAGUCCUGGAUCUACAGCCUCAGUCCUGGAUGCCUCAGUCCUGGAUCUACAGCCUCAGUCCUGGAUCUACUGCCUCAGUCCUGGAUCUACAGCCUCAGUCCUGGAUCUACAGCCUCAGUCCUGGAUCUACAGCCUCAGUCUUGGAUCUACAGCCUCAGUCCUGGAUCUACAGCCUCAGUCCUGGAUCUACAGCCUCAGUCCUGGAUCUACAGCCUCAGUCUUGGAUCUGUGAGUCCAGUCCUAACCUUGAGAUUUGAGGACAUGGGUGGAGCUUAA